CACAGUGUUUAGUGGCUCCCUCGUAGCAAUGGCGAGCUUGAAAAAAAAAGAUCAGGAAGACUCGAGCUUGGCUCGACGCAACAGCGCUGAUAACUUCAUGGUUUCGCUAAGGGCCAUUGCUGCAGCAAUUUCCUGCGCAGGUACUGCUACCUUGCAAGCGCGUCAGUUGUUGAUUACACAAACUGCAGCACCCUUUGGAGAAAGCGCUUUGACACAAGCAACAAGCGGACUUGCAACCGCUUACUCUCUUGGGAGUGUGGUUGAAUUUUUUCUAAGCCCAAGCUUUGGGCGGCUUUCAGACCGAUUCGGUCGAAAACCAGUGAUGCUCUUCCUCAUGAUUGGACCUGCUCUUAUGCGUGCAUUGUGUGCUGUGGUGAAGGAGCCCUUUUUCAGGAUCCGUUUGUUGUGGCUGGAUUUUGCAUCCGCGCGGGCGAUUGGCAUCCAACCCUUCAUGGGAAUGUGCGGGACCAUGAUCAGCGAUGUGUACAAAGCCGAUGAGCAGCCGGGUGCAAGAUCUCAACUGGUGGCAGCUCAGGCCUUUGGCAGCAUUCUUGGCAACUACCUCUCUGGUUGGUGGAAUGCAAGGGCUGGUCCCGAGUCGACUUAUUUGUGUACUGCUGGGGUUCCUAUUUUGACACUGCUCUUUGGGUCGUUUUGCUUGCAAGAAACGAACAAUGCCAAGAAGAACAACCAUGAGAUUCAAGGAGCAAAAGCCAGCAACCUUGCAGGUUCAAAGUCCUACCUCGGAUUGCUUCUGGAUCCAGAAUGUUGCCUUCUGGCUGGAGCUCUUGGUUUGUAUGAGUUCAUGAACUAUCCACCGAUGAACUCAGUAUCAAUCUUGUUCAUGAAAGAGCGGCUGAAUUGGGGACCGCUGCAAGCUGGCCGUUUCGCUUCUGGACAUGCUUUGGCAGUAUUUACUGGAUCUUUGCUUGCUGGCCGGCUCAUUCAAGUUUUUGGGAAGUACUAUGUGAGUUUGACCAACGUCCUCACUGCUUUGGCAUUCUUCAUGUGGGCAAAAGCGAAGAAUGGUUGGAGUCUGGUUGCUAGCCUGCUGCCAUUGUCCUUCGGAACAGGUGGCAAUGCGGUCCUGUUGACACGCUUCGUGGAGCGAGCUGUAUCUUUGGGUUGGACUCGGGGUGAGGCGACUGGGGUGGUGCAGGCUGUUGGUGCGGUGGCCCGCAUGGCAGCCCCACAACUCUUUACACGACUUUGGCUUCGCGCCGUUGCUCAGAAGGGACAAAGUGCAUUGCCACUGGGUGCUCCUAUGCUUUCAGUGUCUGUCAUUGCGCUGCUCCAGGAGAUCUUAUAUCGGUGUUCGCUUUUGGUGCGUUCACGCUGAGAUGAUUUGCGGCAAACCUAUUGACCGCAGGUUGCUCACAAGAAAAAUG